AUGGCCGCGGCUCAGGACGGAUGUGGCUUAGAAGCUGCUGCUGGAAACGGGCGGCGGAUCCACCCAGGGAUUCCUGAAGCGGUGUUUGUGGAAGAUGUAGAUUCUUUCAUGAAGCAGCCUGGGAAUGAGACUGCAGAUACAGUGUUAAAGAAGCUGAAUGAACAACAUCAGAAGUAUAUGUUUAUGGAACUCAACCUUACUGAAAAAAAAAGGAGGCUGAAAGGUCAGAUUCCUGAAAUUAAACAGACUUUGGAAAUUCUAAAAUACAUGCAGAAAAAAAAGGAGUCUACCAAUUCAGUGGAGACCAGAUUCUUACUGGCAGAUAACCUGUAUUGCAAAGCUUUGGUUCCGCCUACUGAUAAAGUGUGCCUGUGGUUGGGGGCUAAUGUAAUGCUUGAAUAUGACAUUGAUGAAGCUCGGGCAUUGUUGGAAAACAAUUUAUCAACUGCCAGAAAGAAUCUGGAUUCUCUUGAGAAAGACCUUGACUUUCUUCAAGAUCAGUUUACUACUACAGAAGUCAAUAUGGCCAGGGUUUAUAAUUGGGACAUAAAAAGAAGAAACAAAGAUGAUUCUACCAAGAAUAAAGCAUAAUACCGGCAGUUGAAA